AUGUCUGCCCAUCUUCGUCAAGUAUUCAACGACUGCAAGGAGCAGAAGCGCGCUGCCUUUGUUGCCUUUAUCACUGCCGGUUACCCCGAGCCCAAGGAUACCGUCGAUGUCAUGCUCGCCUUGGAGAAGGGAGGCGCCGACAUUAUCGAGCUCGGAGUUCCAUUCACUGAUCCCUUGGCUGACGGCCCCACCAUUCAGGAGUCCAGCCAGGUUGCCAUCACGCACAACGUUGAUAUUCCUAUGUGCUUGGACAUGGUCAGGGAAGCCAGAGCUAAGGGUCUCAAGGCUCCCGUUAUCUUCAUGGGAUACUUCAACCCUAUUCGCUGCUACGGCGAAGAGCGCGUUGUUAAGGACUGCCAGGAGGCUGGUGUCAACGGAUUCAUUGUUGUCGAGCUCCCUCCCGAGGAGAGUGCUGAGUUCCGCGGCUACUGCACACAAUACGGAUUGUCAUACGUUCCUUUGAUUGCCCCUUCGACGUCUGAUACCCGCAUUGGCCACUUGGCCCAGGUCGCUGACAGCUUCAUCUACGUCGUUUCCAAGCUUGGAGUCACCGGUGCCUCCUCGACCGUCAACGUCGAGCUUCCCAACCUUGUCGCCCGCAUUCGCCGUCACACCAAUCUGCCCUUGGCAGUCGGAUUCGGAGUCUCUAACCGCGAACAAUUCCAGGCUGUCGGUGCUCAUGCCGACGGUGUUGUUAUCGGAAGCAAGAUCAUCACCGUUCUCCGCGAUGCUGCCCCUGGAGCUCGUGCCGAGGCCGCCUACGCCUAUGCCAAGGAUGUCAGUGACGGCACUGGUGCACCAGCCUAUAGCAUUGUCCACCCCGAGAGCCGCGUUCCCGUCACUCCUGGACACGUUCAUCUUUUGGAUCCUCGUUUCGGUGAGUUUGGUGGUCAGUACGUGCCCGAGGCUUUGGUGGACUGUCUCGCCGAGUUGGAGGCUGCCUAUGUUGAGGCCAAGAAUGACCCCGCCUUCUGGGAGGAAUACAAGUCCUUCUACACCUACAUUGGUCGCCCUUCAAGCUUGACAUUGGCCGACCGUUUGACCGAAAGAACCGGAGGCGCCAGGAUCUGGUUGAAGAGAGAGGAUUUGAACCACACUGGAUCGCACAAGAUCAACAACGCCAUUGGACAGAUCUUGCUCGCCAAGAGAUUGGGCAAGAAGAGAAUCAUUGCCGAGACUGGAGCUGGUCAGCACGGAGUCGCCACCGCCACUGUUUGCGCCAAGUUCGGCUUGGAGUGCAUUGUCUACAUGGGAGCUGAUGAUGUCCAGCGUCAGGCCUUGAACGUCUUCAGAAUGCGUAUCUUGGGUGCCAAGGUUGUCACUGUCCACUCGGGAGCAAAGACCCUCAAGGAUGCCAUUAACGAGGCAAUGAGAGACUGGGUCACCAACGUCACCACCACUCACUACUUGGUCGGAUCGGCCAUUGGACCCCAUCCCUUCCCCACCAUUGUCCGUGACUUCCAGUCUGUCAUUGGUACCGAGGCAAGAGGACAGAUGUUGGAGCAGGCUGGCCGUCUUCCCGAUGCCAUUGUUGCCUGUGUCGGAGGAGGAAGCAACGCCAUUGGUCUUUUCUACCCGUUCAUUGAGGAUAAGACCGUCCAGAUGAUUGGAGCUGAGGCUGGUGGAUCAGGAACCCACACUGAGGAGCACUCUGCCACUUUGGCUGCAGGAACUAUUGGUGUCUUCCACGGCACGAGAACCUACUUGCUGCAGGACAAUAAGACUGGUCAGAUCAAGGAGACACAUUCGAUCUCUGCUGGAUUGGACUACCCCGGUGUCGGACCUGAGCACGCCUGGUUGAAGGACUCUGGACGCGCCAAGUACGUUCCUGUGGAUGAUGCCCAGUGCUUGAUUGGUUUCCGUUCCUUGUGCGAGACUGAAGGUAUUAUCCCCGCCCUUGAGUCCUCCCACGCUUUGUAUGCUGCCAUCGAGGCCGCUAAGGAGUUGGGACCUGGCAAGGAUGUCCUUGUGACCGUGUCUGGACGCGGAGAUAAAGAUGUCGAGUCUGUCGCCAAGGCUCUCCCCAAGCUUGGACCAAUUAUUGGAUGGGAGCUUGAGUUGCCCAAGAUCUCUGACAACUUUUAA